AUUUUACAUUAGGAAGAAGCUAAUUCAAUCUCAAGGUCACUUCGAUGAGUAGUGUGGAUAAUGUUCCAUUCGCCAAUGCUAGAUCAAACUAUGGAGUGGCACUGUUGGAUAGACUGACAAAGAGCGUGUUGGGUAUUCCUACACCUGAGACUGAGUUAAAGCCUCAAAAGCUAAAAGAGCAUUUUGAAGGAGCAUUAUAUGAAUUAUUUCUUCUCAAGUCUCGGGUGCAAGAAAAAUGUACUGAACUAGAGGUAAAAUGUCGAGAAGACGAACGAAAUUUUCGGUCGUCUAUCGAAAGAUUGAAAAACGAUUUAGCUGAUCUCAAUCAACAAUUCUCUAAGCUAGAUACAGAAGUUCAUCUUGUAUCUGGAAAGCUGGUUCACUUAGGAGAUCAACUUGAAAGGAAAAACUUACCAAGGAAACGAAUUGAAGAAGCACGCGACUUAAUAUUAGAGUUUUAUAAAUUUUUGGGUCUUGGUGGAGGAACUACCGCUAGUUUUGUAGGCACCCAGUCAGAUGAAGCUCAGCUUCUUGAAGCUGCAACCCGUUUCAAAAAUUUAAGUUCUUUAUGCUUGGAGUUACCGGAUGAUGAACGCUUUUUAAGUGCUAAACAAAGAGUGACAGUUGCUAGUCAACAUUUAGAAACAGCACUGUUGGAAAGAUUUCGAGUCAAUUUCCUUAAGGGGAAUGUUGAAACAAUGAAAAGUAUUGCAGAUGUUCUUCUUCUAUCGAAAAGUUAUCCUCAUUGUGCUGGAAUUUUAAUUGAAGAAACAUUAAAGACAAUUGAUCCAAACACAAUUAAUUUUAAAGAUAUCACACAAUGUUUGGUUUCUAGUGAAAAGCUUAUCAUGGCUAUCUUUCUACGGCCUGAUUCAGUACUUAUGCAACUGAUGCAUAGUAUUUUUACAACUAAAUUAAAGGUUCAUUUGAACAAUCACAUGAAAGAAGAAGCGAAUGCACAAGUAUUUUUGACAAAUUUAUACAAUGAAUAUCGAAAUGUAGAGAAGUUGGUUGUUGAAUUAUCAAAUCAAUUAACAUUGGUUACAGAUCCAAUGCAAUUGUCUAAAUUAUUUCGUGAAUUAUUUUCAUCUUAUUUAACUGGUUAUAUGAAAAGAGAAUUAGAUUGGUUAACUGAACGUUUAUCCGGACAUCUUGAGCAUUAUUAUCAAAGUCGAAAGCAUCAAAAACGUCCACUUAAUGUUUCUGGUCUAGCAGAAUUUCGUCGUGAUCUUCAAGCCAAGUUUCAUAUAACUUCAGGCGAUCGUUCACAGAAUGAUUAUGAAAUAUCAUUACUAUCUGAAGAAGUUGCUGUCAAUAUCAUUGAAGAUAUUCGACGAGCUGCUAAACGAUGUUUAUUGCUAUCGCAACGUACUGCUAUCCCAGAGAAUGGUAAAUGUAUAUUCAAUUGUUUGUAUCAAUAUCUGAUCGAUGAACAUGUUGAUUAUGGAGUUACUUUAGCCUUACACGGUCUACAAAUAACUGAUCCUCGACACAGUAAUCCAAAUUUGGUCUUCUUUUCAGUUAUUCAUGAAGCUACAUCUAUUUUUCACUUUUUUGAGAAAACAGUUGAUGAGUCAAUCUUACCAUUGGUUAUAGCAAAUCCAACUUUUGCAAAUGAAAUAUCAACUAAACGUGAAGAAUUUAAACAAUAUCUAGAAGGCAAAUUUUGUACUGGUUUAGAAAAAUGUUUAAAUCUCUCUGUUACACGAAUUCAAUAUUUAUUAUCCAGUGAACAACGUAAAACAGAUUUUCGUCCAGAUACAAAUGUCAAUUCAGGUUUAAGUGCUGUUGGAAAUCCACCGUCGAUUGCAUGUCAACAUGUGGUAGGCUUUUUAAAUCAAGUCAAUCGUGAAGCUCAUCAACACUUAGAUGGUCAAAAUUUGAAAACAUUUUUACACGAAUUUGGUAUGAAAUUAAAUCGUACACUGGUUGAUCACUUUUACAAUUUUACUUUCUCGGAUACAGGUGGAUUUAUUGCAAUGCAAGAUGUGACAGCCUAUCGAGAAGUUGCAAAACAUUUUGAAAGUCCAACAGUUGAUCUAGUUUUUGAUGUGCUAUUAAAGUUAAUGAAUUUGAUGUUAAUUAAACCGGAAAAUGUACAACAAGUUGUCCAAGAUUAUCUGCAAUCUGGAAUACCAAAGGACUUAUUAAUGAAUUUUAUUCAACUUCGAACUGAUUACAAGUCAGCUAAAUUACAAAAUGUGAUACAAUUGAAACCAAAAAAAUAAUAAACUUUUUACAGUUGCCUAUUUGCUUGUUUGUUUUCUACCCGUUAUUCUGGCUAAUUUUGUCUACCCUAACAACAAUUUGUUCUUUUCACAUAUUCCAUAAUUUCUUCUUUACUUGCACCGUUUUUAUACAUUUCAGUGAUUUUUUGUAAAUAUCUUUGUUCGAAUAAAAUUUCAGGUGUCAAUGGUCCUUCUCCAACUUCUUUUGAUCGCCAUGACACAUAAGGCUUCAACUCAGACUUUUCUAGGUCGUUGGGUACAAUAAAGUCUAAAUACAUUUCAGGGAAUUCAAUUUUCUGUCCAUCAAUUUCCAUGCUUGUUAUAGGUUCUCUGUAAACAAAAAUGAAUUUAAAAUUAGGUAGUUUAGAAAAACAAACUUGGGAAUCCAAGGAUUUCUAGAACGAGCUCUGCUCUUUUUUAAAUCUAGCAUCCAAUGAUAUCUUGUUUUAUAGGCAAUCUUUUGUCUAAAUCCUAAACCUCCCGUCGAUACGUUGAAUGUUCUUAUUUGUUGUUGGCUGAUGAAAGGAAGUAUAGAAUUUGAAGUCAGUCUGGCUAACUGCAUUUUUGGGAUUGACAUUAGCGAAUC